UCCCCUUCCUGUUCCUCACUACUAGUUUUCUCGUCAUGGCGGCUGGAGGUCCGACUCCGAGUAGUACCGUGUGAUACUGCCGGCUCGCGUGCGCGUAUUACUGCAGUAGUACACGUAGUAGUACUGCGAAGUACUGCAAGUGCGUGGAUAGUACUUUGGGGAGUCGUCAACUGGAGUAACAGAAGUCAGCGCGCGACCCCGCUAGCUCUGCUAACAGCGCGAGGCGAGGAGCCGAAAGAGGGGACUCUUGUUUUGGAGGAGAGGAGUCUUGUUUUGGAGGAGAGGACUCUUGUUUUGGAGAAGAGAGGACUCUUGUUUUGGAGAAGAGAGGACUCUUGUUUUGGAAGGAGAGAAGAGAGGACUCUUGUUUUGGAAGGAGAGGACUCUUGUUUUGGAGGAGGCCAUGCCCUCCCCCCCCUCCCCCUAGCCCAGGAUGGGCGUGACGUGACGGCUGCUCUGGGUCCCGUGGCGAUGGAGGAGUCGGUGCUCCUAGACCUCCUGGAGUGCCCCGUGUGCCUGGAGCGCCUGGACGCCUCGGCCAAGGUGCUGCCCUGCCAGCACACCUUCUGCCGGCGCUGCCUGCUGGGCAUCGUGGGCUCGCGGCCCGAGCUGCGCUGCCCCGAGUGCCGCACGCUGGUGGGCACGCCCGUGGACGCACUGCCCAGCAACAUCCUGCUGGUGCGGCUGCUGGACGGCAUCAAGCAGCGGCCGCGCCGCCCCGGCCCCGCCCCCCCCGCCGGCCCCAGCGCCGCGGCGGGGCCCCGCCCCCCGGGCCCCCGGGAGCCCGGCGCCCCGGCCGCCGCUCAGCCCCAGCGCGCCCAGCCCAAGAGCAGCCUGCUGCGGGUGGGCGUCGCCCAGCUCCCGUGCGCCAAGGCGCUCUACAACUACGACGGCAAGGAGUCGGGCGACCUGCGGUUCUCCAAGGGGGACGUGAUCGUCCUGCGGCGGCAGGUGGAUGAGAACUGGUUCCACGGGGAGACGGCGGGCGCCAGCGGCUUCUUCCCCACCAACUUCGUGCAGGUGCUCACGCCGCUGCCGCUGCCGCCGCCGCAGUGCAAGGCCCUCUACGACUUCGAGCUCAAGGACAAGGAGGCCGACAAGGACUGCCUGCCUUUCUCCAAGGACGAUGUCCUGACCGUUAUCCGGCGGGUGGAUGAGAACUGGGCAGAGGGCAUGCUGGGGGAUAAGAUCGGGAUAUUCCCCAUCUCCUACGUUGAGUUCAACGCGGCAGGGCGCCACCUGGUGGAGCUGGACAAGCCCUCGGAGCCCGGCGGGGACUGGGCCGAGGGCGCGUCCCCGGGGGCCCAGGGGCCCGGGGUCCCGCGGGGGGCCGGGGAGAAGAAGAACACCAAGAAGAGGCACUCGUUCACCUCCCUCACCAUGUCCCACAAGCCCUCGCUGGCGCCGCCCCCCCAGCGCCACUCCAUGGAGAUCAGCGGCCCGGUGCUCAUCAGCUCCUCCAACCCCACGGCCGCCGCGCGCAUCGGGGAGCUCAGCGGGGGGCUGUCCUGCUCCGCCCCCUCCCAGGUUCACAUCUGCACCAGUGGGCUCAUUGUGACUCCGCCCCCCAUCAGCCCGUUGACCACGGCAACGGUCUUCGCCUUUCCCCCCGAGACGGGCUACACGUCCAUCAGUGUGGACGCCCUCCCUCCUCCCCCGCCUCCUCCCCCCCAGUCUUCAGUAUCCGGUGCUGUGUCCUCAUUGGCUGCGGCCCAGAGGCCCGCCCCCGGGCCGGGAGAGCCAACUGGGAGACAGAGGCCCACUGUCUACGUGGCCAUGUUCCCCUACCCCCCCCGUAAGGAGGACGAGCUGGAGCUGAGGAAGGGAGAGAUGUUCCUGGUGCUGGAGCGCUGCCAGGACGGCUGGUUCAAGGGCACCUCCAUGCACACCGGCAAGAUCGGGGUGUUCCCCGGCAACUACAUGAGCCCCAUCAACCGGACUCUGUCGGGGGUCGGCCCGCCCAAGCUCCCCCUGACCCUGGCCCCCCCCCAGGGUGGGCGGAGCCUCGGCGCCCCCACCCCUCUGUCCCCGCCCCCCUCCUCCUCCCCCGCUCCGGGCCCCGACGCCAACAAACCUCUCCCAGCAUGCACCGGGCCGGCGGGGGGCGUGGCCCAGGCGGUGGUCAGCGCGGCGGCGGCGCAGACGGCCACGGGGCAGCAGCCGAAGGCCGCCGUGCACGUGAACGCCCAGAUGACGGUGAACCAGGCCCGCAACGCCGUGCGCUCCGCCGCAGGCCACGCCCAGGACCGGCCCGCGGCCGCGGCGGCCCCACCCCUCCAGCCCGCCCCCGCCGGGGCCUUCCUGGCCUACCCCGCCCCCGCCCCCGGCCCCUCCUCCCGUGGGGGCGUGGCCCUGGGCUGUGCCUCCGCCUCCCUGACUCCGCCCAAUGUCAGCGCCGCCUCCCUGGAGGGCGACGCCCAGAGGCAACCCGUCGGCCCCGGCAACGGCUCCCCCAACAACGGCAACCUGGGGUUGUCAUGCCGACUGGAGAAGGAUGCUAAGAGAGAGAAGAAGGGUCUUCUGAAGCUGCUGUCGUCCAAUAAGAAGCGUGGCCGCUGCUCGCCCCCGCCCUCCCCCACGCUGGACCCCGAGGGCCCGGGGGAGGGGCCCCUGGGGGGUCCGGAGGCGGGCCGCCCAGAGCCCGACGCCGCGGGGGCCGCCGCCCCCCCGCCCAUCGCCCCGCCCCCCCGCCUGGCCUGCUCCUCGCUCUCCUCCCAUCACCAUGACGCCCACCCCAUCGUCUGCGAGCGGUACCGGGUGGUGGUCUCCUACCCCCCCCAGAGCGAGGCGGAGCUGGAGCUGAAGGAGGGCGACGUGGUCUUCGUGCACCGGAAGCGGGAGGACGGCUGGUUCAAAGGCACCCUCCAGAGGAACGGACGCACCGGCCUGUUCCCCGGCAGCUUCGUGGACAGCGUCUGAGGCCGGGACCCCUGACCCCUGACCCCUGACCCCGCCCCGCCCCCGGGGGGGUUGCCAAGGUGACAGAAGUCCGACGGCAUCAGGGGAGGGAGGGUCUCCGGGCUGGGGGUUCUGGAGCGGGGCCGGGCUCGGCGGUCCUCCCUGAGGUCCUCAACACCUUCAGGGACCAGGAGGACCCCCCUGCCCCGCCCCCCCCUCACCCUCACCUUAUACAUGAGGACCACAGUGGGGCCACCUGCCCCCGGCCGUCACCAGACUGCUGAUUGGCCGCUGGCGCCAUGCUCGGACAUCUCGCCACCCUGGUUGUCACUGGCAACAGGGUAAGAUUGCACAUCCCAGAAUAGUUUCCCAGAAGGCCGCAGUACUAGGGGACCCUCCCCAGCUUCUCAGAUCUGUCACUGCCGUCUUCACUCCAGACCGUGGAGUCAAAGGAAUACUUUAAUGAAUACUUUAAUGAAUAUUAUCUCCUAGUUUAUAGUUCCAUGUACUGACUGACGGACCGGGCUGUCAGGAGAUCCACCGCACUGGAGCUCUGGAUCCACUGGAUCUCUAGAUCACGAGGUUCUACAACCAGUGAGGUCACUGGAUCUCUGGAUCCACAGGAUCUCUAGAUCACAAGGUUCUCCAACCAGUGAGGUCACUGGUUGGAGAACCCCAAUGACUCCGGGGGUCGUACCCCUCCGGUGGGUCGUACCACGCUGGUGGGUCGUUCCACUCUGGUGACUCCGUGGGUCGUACCACUCCGGUGGGUCGUACCACUCUGGUGGGUCAUUCCACUCCGGUGACUCCGUGGGUCGUUCCACUCCAGUGGGUCGUACCACUCUGGUGGGUCGUUCCACUCCGGUGACUCCGUGGGUCGUACCACUCCGUGGGUCGUACCACUCCGUGGGUCGUACCACUCCGUGGGUCGUACCCCUCCGGUGGGUCGUACCACUCUGGUGGGUCGUACCACUCUGGUGGGUCGUACCACUCCGUGGGUCGUACCACUCCGUGGGUCGUACCCCUCCGGUGGGUCGUACCACUCUGGUGGGUCGUUCCACUCCGGUGACUCCGUGGGUCGUACCACUCCGUGGGUCGUACCACUCCAGUUGUGCGUCGUAGAGCUGAACCGGCAGCUGUGCGUCUCACUCCUCUAACGUACAUUCCUUACUUCCUUACUGACUCGUAGCACAAAGAACAAAGAACCCUAACGUCUUAAGCACAAAGUAUUCUUCCAUGUUGCGUAUCAGAACUAUGUCGUGUAUUCCGUUGUGCUGGGACCUGAGAGGCAUUACUUGAACGCAGAAUGAUUCCUGAUGUAGCGGAACAGGUUCGCCUUUGGUUGUUUUGACUUGAAUUGCUGCACAAACUGACUGGACGGACGGACGGACGGACGGACGGACUGACUGACGGGGACAGUGAUGGGGGGGUCACAGCACAGUGCUCGACCCUCUGACCGGCGACACGCAGCGACUGGCCCCCUGCUCUGGUCCUGUUGUAGGGCCCUCCUGGGGGGGCCCCUAUAGACGCUGUGUUUAUUGAUAACGGAGAAGGCUGGAAAUACGGUACUAAACACUGUUGGUGUGAAUGACUCAUGGGUGACAGGAUGAGGGGAUGAGUGACAGGAUGAGGGGAUGAGGGGAUGAGUGACAGGAUGAGGGGAUGAGUGACAGGAUGAGGGGAUGAGUGACAGGAUGAGGGGAUGAGGGACAGGAUGAGGGGAUGAGUGACAGGAUGAGGGGAUGAGGGACAGGAUGAGGGGUUGAUGAUGUGGUCCGGACUGGUGAGUGGACUUGGUGUCGUUACACACAGAAAGAAAACAUCUGCAUCUACACCACCCAUAGCUACACCACCCGCACAUACACCCCUCCUACACCACCCAUAGCUACACCACCCAUAGAUACACCACCCAUAGCUACACCACCCACAAGUACACCCCUCCUACACCACCCAUAGCUCCACCCACACAUACACCACCCACACGUACACCCCUCCUACACCACCCAUAGCUACACCACCCACACAUACACCACAACAUCUCCACCCACACUUACACCACUACAACACCACCCACACAGAUCUGCCUCCUCCCGCUCCACCCAGGUCAUGUGUAGGUGUAGGUCACCCCAGCUGUGAGCUACGUCAGGUAGCCGCUUUACUCCACCUGACUCCUCUUGCUAAGAUGUCUGACUUGAUUUUUGUAUGAUUUAUCUUUUGUAUAGUUAGUUCGAUUAAAUCAACGGCCCGCCUGUUAGAGGGACAAUAAUAACAAUAAAGAUCAUUCUUUCA